CCGUCCCGCGUGUUUAGUGUCGUCUUGACCCCGGCUCGCCGCUGAUCCUGUCACUUGGACAUCAGUGGGUCUGUGGGAGGAACCUGCCUGCCCUCCUCAAACCCCACCCCCUCUCCCUCCACACAACCAGCAUCCAUCACCCUGCCGCCUUCCUCCUGACAGCCCAGCCUGGCGCGAGCGAGCGAGGCAGCGUGGGCUGAGGCAGAGGAGAAGCAGGCAGGAGCAGCAUGGAGGGCAGCUUUGACACCGAGGAGAGUUUUGACGACCCCUCCUGUCUCGCCCCCCAGCCGCCCGGCCCCGUGUCGCCCGCCAGGAGGCGUGUCAACGAGGUGAAGGAGACCAAGACCACGAUCAACGGCGUGACGUUCCCGCUUCCCGGAGAAGGACCCGAGCAGCAGCUGCUCAAGCCUAACGAAUGGAGCUACUGCGAUUACUUCUGGACGGACAAAAAGGACCCCCAGGGGGCCACGUGUGUGGCGGGCUUCGAGGUUCUCCUGCAGAAACAGCUGAAAGGCAAACAGAUGCAGAAGGAGAUGGCGGAGUUUAUCCAUGAGCGAAUAAAGAUGGAGGAAGAGUACGCCAAGAACUUGUCCAAACUGUCCCUCAGCACACUGGCGGCGCAGGAAGAAGGCACUUUGGGAGAGGCGUGGACUCAGCUGAAGAAAAGUCUUCACGACGAAGCCGAAGUUCAUCUCAAGUUCUCCAACAAGCUUCACUCUGAGGUGGAGAAACCGUUGUUGACGUUCCGAAGCGACCACUUCAAGAAGGACCUGAAGAAAUACGACCAUCACAUCGCUGACCUCAGGAAGCAGCUAGCUAGUCGCUACGCUAGCGUGGACAAAGCCCGCAAAGCUCUGGCGGACCGUCAGAAAGAUCUGGAAGUGAAGACGCAGCAGCUGGAGAUCAAGCUGAGCAACAAGACAGAAGAAGACAUCAAAAAGGCUCGCAGGAAAUCCACACAAGCAGGAGAUGACUUGAUGCGGUGCGUGGACCUUUACAACCAGACUCAGUCCAAGUGGUUUGAGGAGAUGGUGACCACCAGCAUGGAACUGGAGAAACUGGAGGUGGAUCGCAUUGAGUGGAUCCAGCAACAUCUGCGCCAAUACACCACGCUGAGACAUGAGACCGACAUGUUCAACCACGGCACGGCGGAGCCGGUGGACCAGCUGCUGCAGGCGGUGGACCCGGCCAAGGACCGAGAGCUCUGGGUCAACGAGAACAAGACGGGCAACGUGCGGCCCGUGGACCUGGACCUCUAAAGCCACGCCGGGGCGUGAGCACGCCCGCUAACACUGAUCCAGGGACGGCGCAUGAGGAAAGGAAGUAGUCCCGGUACCAGUCCCAGUACCAGAACCAGAACCAGUACCAGCAUGUUCCAUGUACAUCUGCUUGAGUAUCAUCAGACAUGUCGUGCUGUUGUGAUGUUUUCUUCUUCGUAUGAACAAAUCCUGUCUUUAUUUUGGAUAUGAAGACUAUAUUUUCUUGUGGGUGGAAGCGCAUGCUUGCUUGUGGACGCGUCCUUCAACUGCAGGAACCUCAGAGACCAGGUUGGAGUUGCUCGGGAACGGGAUCAGUGUGCAGGAAAAAGCACGGGAACACCUUUGAGUGCCUAAAGUGUUCUUGAUCUAUUCUCCAGCAUUUGUCUUAUUUUUGCUAAUUGUACAGAGAUGACCGCCCCGUGGCGCCCCCUGCUGGUUUUAUCUGUGACUGCAUGUCCGUGUCUGUUCACAUUUGCUUUUGUGGCGUUCGUCUCCUUUCGUCGCGAUGUUUAAAAAAAAAAGUUUUAUUAAUUUGUGGUUGUAAAAUCAGUGUUGUCUUCUCAGCGUGUGGUGACACCUUUGGAAUGUUUCGCUGACCUCAAAGUCCACACUGGAAUGCGGCGUCCAUAUUAAAGCUCCUCUUGAAAAAGUCAACAGUGCCCUUUUGCUGUUGUUAUGUAAGCGAUGAGCACGACAUUCUGACCUUUUUGUCCGUCCGGCCCUGAUGCAUGCUGGGAGCAGGCUGAGGCUGGCAAAAGAAUCCUCAUAAAAUAAUGUUUUUUAAUCAAACGGCACUGAAAAGGAUUGAGUGCAUGUAAAAAAAAAACACAACAAAAAAAAAAACACAAAGGAAACAUUAGUGUGACAUCUUGCAACUUCAACAUUUGCACUUUCUUUUUUCCUUGGCGAGCGGCGUUGAACUGGCCCUCCAAAAACUUUUGGGACACCCCCAAAAGAUAAAAUUGGUGGCUAUACCUGACGCGCCUUCAAAAUUAGGGAACUUUUCCUGCAUGUUAGUUUCCCAAUGCGCAUUCAUCUGCGCGCUGCGUUUAGCAUACAUCCAAACGCGCACCUGUGCUGCAGAAGGCGGCUGAAAUCAAUCUGCAAUCACUCAGUUCUCAACACACCUGUCACUGAUGAGUUCCUUAGGCUUCUUAACCUGCGUUCCGGGCCAGAACGUACUUCCUGUUCCUACAGAAAGCCGACACGUCUAGCUCUAUGAGCACUUUCUCCACCUCCAUGUUCAUUUGUAUUGUGUUCCUUGUCGCCAUCCAGCUGCAUUCCUCCAUUUCCUCGUCACAGGAUGUGUGUCUCGUCUCCCUGUGUUCCAUCUGGUUCCCCUGGCUGCCUCUUUGGAUCUUGACCUCCCACCUGGACCCAGACUUUGACGCCUCGCUCUUGCUCCUGACCUCCUGCCUGUCUCUGGAUCUCCGAGCCGCACCUCGCUCAACAUUCCUAGUAACACUUAGUUAACCACUACACAUAGUCGCACAACACACAUAUUUGGAUUAGUUACACGCCUCAUUUUCCUUGUUUGUAAUAAAAAGAGCUAAAGGACUUCCA